CCGCCGUCCCGACUCCCUGCUCCGUCGCACGUAACCGCCGAUUUGAACUGGCGGUUUACGGUUCGGAGAAGGAGAACCCGAAUCGACUGUGGAAAAACCGGUUUCGGUUCGACCACGGUUCGGUUGUUCCGAUUUGAAACCGGGAACCGGCAGUUCCACCCGGCGGUUCGAAACCGAUUGAGCAAGUGCAACUGUGCAAGUCAAUCUUGAUACUAAACCUUGAGGAAAAAAAUUGGAAUGAAGAGUAGAAUUUAGACAGAAUUGUUGUUCGAACUGCGAUUUCCGAAGGACCAAACGCCAAAGCCAAUAAUUGUGACGACCAUUUUGAAACCUUUCCAAAUUUGAAGGGGCUGAAUUGUAAAUAACCAAAGAACAAAAGCUACGUUUCCUUUCCGCAUUCUACUUUCUUUUCCCGCCAAAUCAGAGGCGGUGGUUUUCGCCGGAAAUUACAGUGCGAGAGGGAGGCUAUGGCGGCGGUAUCAUCACCGUCUUUGGACACUCCGACUUCAGAAAAUAAUCUUCAGCCUUUCUUCGUUCUUCAUAAAGCCUCUCCGUCUCGCAAAUCCGCACCCAAAACCCGGAGAAAAAGCGAUCAAUUGUCCAAAAGUUCAGAUACGUCUGCGAAAGAAUACGGUGAUAGGUUGCGAUUAGAAACUUUCAAAUUACUUUGGUCCAAUACCGAGUCUACUAUAAAGGACGUUUUGAAGAGCAUUAAUGCCAAUGUGUAUGGUGAGAUUCAGAAAUGGGUUCGGGUGUCCUUUGAUGCAAUUCGAUCCCAUCAGAAGCUUGAUUUCACUACCGCUACGCGUCCGUAUCCGAUUUUUGGUUCAUCAGAGGCAGCCACCGGUGCAUCUAGACAGAUCUUCACGGCUUUAUUAUUCACAAAAAAUAUGGAGUUUGUUGAUGAUAUACUCACAUUUGUGGACCUUGGUGUUCAUUUGCGAUCCCAUGGAUGUCAUGUGGCUAACCUCACAUCAUCGGACUUCUCUGAGAAGAAUGGAGUAGGUGGCUGUCUUAAAAGCUUACUUCGCCAGUUUCUGAUUGUUGAUACCAAUGCACCUGAGAUGUCUGUUUUAGCUUCGUGGUACACUGAGCAAGAGAACUAUGGGAAUCCACUUGUUGUGAUAAUUGAAGAUGUGGAAAGAUGCUGUGUUUCUGUCCUGGCUACUUUUAUUGCAAUGUUGAGGGAAUGGGUAGUGAAAAUUCCAGUAAUUUUAAUCCUGGGAGUAGCAACGACUGUUGAUGUUCUGAGAAACAUCCUAAGUUCUAGCGUAUGCUUGCAUUUAUCUGUUUGUGAAUUCACUUUGGGUACCCCAGCUGAAAGGAUGGAUGCCAUUGUUGAGGCUAUUCUUCUGAAAAAUUGUGGAGGCUUUAGUAUUGGAAAACAUGCGUCUACUUUUCUGAGAAAUUACUUCAUUAAGCAUGAUGGUACAUUGACGUUAUUUGUUAGAGCUCUCAGGAUUGCUAUGGCCCAACAUGUCUUUGUGGAGCCUUCAAGCAUUGCUCUUAGGAAAUUUGUGAAUGAAGAAGACACAGAGGGCAUUGAUGGUGAGAGUAUGUUACCUGAAGAUACUGUGCUCAAGCUGUUGGUUGAUCUUCCAUCUUUACAAAGGUGUCGUCAGCGUGGCAUCAACUGCAUAGACUUGGCCUAUUGUUUGUCAGAGCUGAAAAGACUAAAUAGACUACGAAGUUCUUCUGUCAUGUGCCUGCACGAAGUUGGAAAACACCGCAAAAAUUCUUUGUUAGAUUUAUAUUGUCAGAUGCUCCAAUCUGAUUCAGCCAACUCUAGUUUUCCCGUUCACACUCAAACCAACAAAGGGAAUGCCGUAUCACCACAUGAUGGCCAUUUGCUUGGCUCUUCUCAAAUUGAAAGUUAUGCUGCUUGGGCCCUCCAGAUAGUGAGGAAUUUGCCAGCCACCGAGCUGUCCAAGUUGCUCAGCAGGUGGGAAAUUCUUACCAGAGGCGUUGAAGAGAUCCCUGAGAAGAUAAAGGAGCUACAAUCCCUGACAACGUUAGAGGGGAGUGCAAAAUCUGACCCGGCAGAGGCAUCCAAAAGGCCGACAUCCAGAAAUCGUUUAAAUCAGAAGAGAGAUGAAAUCACUGCCAAUGAAAAGGUUGCCACAUUUCUGGAGUAUAUGGUCAGGCAAUACAUCAAGCCCAUUGAAAGUAUUCCCUUCAAUGAAGUAGUCUUCUACGAUGAUGUCGAAAAACUUCAAGCAGCUUUGAUAGGAGACCCGAGAAGACGAAUCCAAGCCGAUCUUUUGGACUCCAACAAAUUUCUUAAGUGUUCCUGCUGCAGAAAGAACACGGCCGUGUUACUUCCAUCCAUGCAUCAUACUUCCAUAUUGUAUUCCUUGGCUCAAGAGCACGGCGAUCUCAUCAAUCUUCACGAAUGGUUCCACUCAUUCAACGCAGUUCUUCGCCAGCCUCCUCCUGAUACCAACAAGAAGAGGCUGCGAGCAUCGCCAUCCCCGAAAAAACGAAAACCAGAAUCUAAGAACAAAAGCGAUGCUUCCAUCCAAGCAGAGUUUUGCAGGGGAGUUGUGGAGCUGCAGAUAACGGGGCUGAUUCGGAUGCCAACCAAAAAACGACCUGAUUAUGUACACAGGACUGCAUUUGGACUUUGACAGAUGUUUGAUAAAAUCGAUGGGAUCAUGGGAGCAGGCAGCCGAUUUAACUCCUUCAACCACUGUGAGCAUACUUAUGUACUGACUGGCGUUUGUUUUUACUUUUAUCUUGUUAGAAUUACAAUACGAUUUAUUUAUUUAUUUAAUGUGAAUGAGUUAUGUUUAAUAAUCUUAA